AUGGCAUCUACCGACAGUCGCCAUAGCGCCCCGGCGGCCCUACUGCUACUUCCCCCACCGCCGGCCGUCUCACUCGAUCAGGUCAAGAAGGUCUUCGAAACUCCAAUCUCAGAAGCUUUAGAAAAGCUCGCUCGAUCGGUCAAUGGACCUGAUGGCAUCGCGACUCUGGAUCUUGCAUUGGAGCUGCCCGGUCUGCUGGACCCAGCAAACAGACCGCGGGCCAAGAUCUUUGCGCAACUCCAGCAUUAUCUCACCAGCAUCUAUACGUUGAUCGGCGCCGUUGCAGCUGUCCAUGAAAUUGAGCUCGAUGAGCCAGGGGGUAUCGAUGCCCGCGUGCUUUUCAUCGAUCGUUCAUUACCUGCACCCCAAUUUCCCCAAUGGGAAUUUGGGCCUAUCCUCAGCCUUCAGUCACUCGCGACCUCGGGCCGACGGUGGGACCAUGUGUUCUAUCUCGAGAACCAUUCUGGCCAAACAUUGUCUCGGGCCUUUUUCCAGUUGCUCAACGAUGCCUCCUCACCGACACAACAUCCAACUCUCAAUGUGCAAGCUAUUACAGCCAGCUCCAACUGGACAGUGCCCCAGCACCUGUUAUUCUCCGAAGACCAACCGUCACUCCCCUUCCAGCCCCACUAUUCUGUGAUCGUCGGGGGGACAUUCGACCACCUUCAUCUCGGCCACAAAUUGCUGCUUACCGCACUGGCCCUCACCCUGGAGCCCCCCACGGAGGCGAAUGAGGAUCAAAAUAGGCUUCUCAGCGUUGGGGUGACUGGCGACCAACUGCUGGUGAACAAGAAGUAUGCGGAGUUUCUGGAGAGCUGGGAAGAACGCUUCCAAAACACGGCGGCCUUCUUGACUGCCAUCAUGGAUUUCUCUCCGCCGGAGGCUCAGAAUCAACCCCCUAGGCUUGAACGCACCACUGCCCCGGGCCCGAACGGAAACUUCGUGGUCAUGCGGAUUCAACCCCGUCUGGCGUUCAAGUUCGUGGAAAUUUGGGAUCCCUAUGGACCAACAAUCACGGAGGAACGCCUGACGGCACUGGUCGUUUCGAAGGAAACGAGCGCCGGCGGGGCUGCGGUCAACGUGGAACGAGCGAAGAAAGGAUGGAAGGGCCUGGCGAUCUUCGAGGUGGACGUAUUACAAACCGGGGACGUCACCGAGGCCACCGCCAAUAAUUUCGAAUCGAAAAUCAGCAGUACAGAUAUUCGGCGGCGGCGUAUGCACCUAGCCAAGGUCUAA